GCGUCUUCUCUUAGCCGUUUAUUCGUUUUGCGUCGCUUACCGAGGAAGAAAGUCUUUGUUCUUUUUUAACACUCGAAUUGCCUGCGCUGUUCUUGUUCUAACUCGAAACCCUAACCCUAAUUACACCGGAGUUCUCCGUUCGACUAUCUGCAGAUGGCGGCUAAACCACUAACAACUGAGGCAAUUGCUCUCACGGAGAAGAAAAUGGACAUGGCAUUAGAUGAUAUCAUUAAAAUGUCCAAAACUACCACAACUAAAGCUAAGAAGCAAAGAGUUUCGAAUAAAAGUCAAAAAAAUUUAAACACCGCUGCCCAAGAAAAAUCUGCCAAAAUGCGAAGAUUUAUGGACUCAAGAUCCUCUCUUAGACAGGGGGCUCUUGCUCGGAGGAGGUCGAACUUCCAGGGGAACCAAUUUCCUCUGGCAACUGAGGCUGCACGAAAGGCUGCGGUUGUUCCUUUAAACAACAGACCUUUCAAUCGAAGCAGGGCGGUCAAUAUAAAUAAAUCAAGGGUUGGGGCUCCACCAGUUCAAAGGAAGGCUGCAAAUGGUCGCUUUGCUCUAAAGCAGCAGUCACAACAGCAAUUGAAGGUGGUGCCUAAGCAGAGGCCUCAAACAUUGGACUCGUUGUUUGCAAACAUGAAGGAGCAGAGGAUGAGGGUUUUGUCUCAACAGAGCAAUGGAGGGAGACAAAAUGGAGGCGGUCGGCAAAGACAGCAGUGGGGAAGAGGAGGAGGAGGAGGUCGAUUUGGCAACUGAUACCAGUUACUCUACUCAUGCAUGGCUUGAUUGGGAUCCUUGAUUUCUGACGGGAGAAUCUAUGUGGUUUUGGAAACUGAAGGGCAGAACCCAGAAUUCUGUCUUUCAUGUGUUUUAUUUUCAGUUGUUUUGGACUAGCACUGUAUAGCUUUCUGUCUGUUGGCACAUUAUGCCUCAGAUUGUUCUUUCUGACUUUAGAUGUGAUCUAUUUGAGAAUUUCCUUUACGUUA